AUGUCCUCCUAUACACCGCGAGGCCUGCUGGCUCUCGCCGCUUUCGAUCUCCUCAUGGGAUCGCAUGCUGGCCUGGUAACCUGUGACACCAGCACCGAAAUCCUCAGUUGCCACAACACCACUGCCGUCUCAGAUCUAUGCUGCUUCAACUAUCCCGGCGGUUCUCUUGUUCAGGUCCAAUUCUGGGAUACUGACCCAGCCACCGGCCCGACUGACUCGUGGACAAUCCACGGUCUCUGGCCGGAUUACUGUGAUGGUGAUUAUGGCGAGGACUGCGACACUUCCCGUGAGACAAGUGAUGUUGAAACUAUCCUCACGGAUCAGGGUCGCACUGAACUCUUGACGUACAUGGAGACGUACUGGGUCAGCGAUGAUGAAACCUCGAACGAGUUCUGGUCUCAUGAGUGGAACACGCACGGAACGUGUAUCAAUACUAUCGAACCGAGCUGCUACACCGAUUACACCGAUAACGAGGAAAUUGGCGACUUCUUCCAGCAGGUUGUUGAUCUAUUCAAGACUCUGGAUACAUACACGGCUCUAUCUGCUGCUGGAAUCACUCCUUCUACUUCCAAGACCUACACUUCUGCUGCGAUUCAGGCUGCUCUUGCUGAUAUCCACGGCGGGUACGAUGUUACCCUGCUUUGUGAUGAUGAUGAGCUUUAUGAGGUCUAUUAUUAUUUCAAUGUUUAUGGAAGUGCUGUUAAUGGAACUUAUGAGCCCUCUACUGCUCUCGAGUCUUCGUCCUGCCCGACCACGGGAGUCAAGUAUGUGCCCAAGAGCUCUACCUCCACUAGGAAGGUUAAGAGGUCUGGCCGUGGCCGUCGCAAGGUCUAG